GGAGGCAGGCAGUGUGUCAAAGUAUGAGAUGUGCUUACCGUUGAUGCUGAUGGUCGAACAAUGAACACGAAUCAGGCGGCUUUAGAUAUCUCUUCGAAGAAUCCACAAGAUGACUUUGAGAUUAUACAGAGAGUUGGCGGAGGAACCUAUGGGGAAGUUUACAAGGCAAGACACAAACAGACGGGGGAUCUGGCUGCAGUAAAGAUCAUCAAAAUGGAACCUGAUGAUGACUUUUCAGUUAUUCAACAAGAGAUCGUUAUGGUGAAAUCCUGUACACAUCAAAAUAUAGUCGCUUAUUACGGAAGCUACAUCAGGUCCAACAGGUUAUGGAUUUGUAUGGAAUUCUGCGGAGGAGGAUCACUGCAGGACAUUUACCAUGUAACUGGCCCGCUUUCCGAGUUACAGAUCGCUUACAUUAGCAGAGAGACGCUACAGGGUUUGGAAUAUCUGCACAAUCAGGGGAAGAUACAUCGUGAUAUCAAGGGAGCAAAUAUUCUUAUCAAUGACAAUGGAGACGUAAAAUUAGCUGAUUUUGGGAUUUCGGCACAAAUCACUGCCACCCUUGCCCGAAGAAUGUCCUUCAUCGGAACACCAUACUGGAUGGCUCCUGAAGUUGCUGCUGUGGAGUUCAAAGGUGGUUACAAUGAGCUGUGCGAUAUCUGGGCAGUUGGCAUCACAGCCAUCGAGCUGGCGGAACUGCAGCCCCCCAUGUUUGACGUUCAUCCUUUGAGGGUGCUCUUUCUAAUGUCCAAAAGUGGUUACCAGCCACCCAAGUUAAAGGAUAAAGGGAAAUGGAGCUCAGCGUUCCACAAUUUUGCCAAACUGACGUUAACAAAGAAUCCGAAGAAGAGGCCAGCCGCCACCAAGAUGCUAACACACCAAUUUGUGGCACAGUCUGGCCUUAGCCGGGUUCUGGUUCAUGAACUAAUCGACAAGCUCCGGAACCCAGAGAAACACUCCAACAUCCAGGAAGUGGAUGAAGAUGACCUUGAGGUACGUUACACUCCUCCUCCUGCUGUCCCACGUAGGAUUCACUCGACUAACCGGCACACGCAAGCAGAGAGAACAAACUCGGAAAUAAAGCUUCACAAGAUUCAGUUUGAACAAGCCAUACAGAGGGAAGAGUCCUGGCAGAACCAGGUUCAGUCUGUAGAGCAGAAUUCAGGUUCCUCGCUGACUGCAUCCAUUUCUGGAAGGACGGACAGGGAGAAGACAUCGGAUUCAGAUGACGAUUACGAUGAUGUUGCUGUAUUGACGGAGACUCUGUGGGAUGAAAUUCCCCCACCAUUACCACCCAAGCCAAAGUUUCGGAGCAGCUCGGAGGACAGCAUUCCCGAGGAGGAGAAGAUGAAGACAGUGGACCAGCGCCCACGCUGCCAGUACCCGCCGACCACGCUGGUUCGGUGCUCCAGUGGCCCUUCGGCAGCCAAAGCCCCCAAACAACCCACGACUGGGAGCUCCAGGAGUCCCAUCCAUUCUGCCAUCAACAUCAGCAGCUCAGAUCCCAGCCACUGGGCCAGUCACCUUGCCAAGGACACAGGAGGAACGCCGCCAGUACUACCGCGCAGGAAGGAGAAGAGAGAGAAACUGGUACCUCCUGAUACUGACGUCCCCUCUGUCCAAAAAGUGCAGGUGGAAGUCCCAUUAGUAAAAGUUUUUAAUGGUUGUCCUCUGAAGAUUAACAGUGUAACGUCAUGGAUACAUCCCAAAACCAAAGCCAAGCACCUGAUAUUGGGGUCAGACGAAGGGAUUUAUACCCUGAACCUAACUGAGCUGCAGGAAGCCAUAUUAGAACAGUUGUUUCCAGGCCGCUGCACUUGGGUUUAUGUCAUCAGUAAUGUAUUAAUCAGUAUCUCAGGGAAGACGCUUCAGCUACACUCGCACAGCCUGCUGGGACUGUACGAACAGGCCAAGAAGGAACAGAGGUCAAUGGUUCACAUUCCAACGCACCGACUUUUACCCAGGAAGAAUGCAAUAAGCAGUAAAAUUCCAGACACCAAAGGCUGUAGGAAAUGUUCUGUUGUUCAGAACUCCCCGACAGGAUGCUGCUACCUUUGUGGAGCAUUGGAGUCCAGUAUUGUUCUUUUGCAGUGGUAUGAGCCCAUGCACAAAUUUAUGCUCAUUAAGCACUUUGACUUCCCGCUGCCCAACCCUCUGCGAAUUUUUGAAACAUUAAUGGUCCCAGGUCAGGAGUACCCAAUGGUUUGCGUUGGCGUCAGCAGAAAAUGUUCCUCCAACAAGACUGUACAGUUCCAGACGAUAAACCUCAAUUCUUCCUCGUCCUGGUUCACAGAUUUGGGAACAGAAGCUCUGCAGGACAAGUUUAUCCAUGUGAGUCAACUGGACGAUGACAUGGUGCUUGUGUGUAUCGGCCAAAAUAUAAAAAUUGUAAAUAUUCAUGGAUGCCUCAAGACGAAUAAAGAGCUGGUCCCAGAGGUGACUUUUGAUGUUCCAGUGGAAUCAGUUGUUUGCUUCUCUGACAGCAUUCUGGGAUUUUGGAAACAUGGGAUGCAGCGGAAGAGUUUCAGGUCCUGUGAGAUUUUUGAGGAGAAAACAGAACACAGUCGGCUUUAUCGCUUUUUAGGAGCUGACAGCUGCAGACUGGUGGUCUUUGAAACCAAGCCAACUGAUGAUCUCACCACCCACAGCAACCUGUACACCAUGAAAGUGCCAGAGAACCCAUUAUUCAAGAUGGAGGCCAAGCAAUCAGAUGCAGUCACAGCCCGACAGUGUUGCCAUUCCCACUGGAAAAAUGGCCAGAAAAAGGAUUUUUUGCAGCAGGGCGAGGCUUAAAAAGGGGAUAUUUAAAGCUGCUGAACCCCUCCGCAAACCAUGUAGGAAUGUGGACCAAAGGUUCAUCCUUGACUGCUGAAUCUGAUUCUCAGUUUCAGAAUGAGUCUCCUUGUAUUAUAGCAACACCUACUAAUCCAAUAGUGUGUAAAGUUUGAAUGGUGAAUAUUAUAAAGUAGAUCUGAGGAAUGAAUGAACUCAUUGAUGGUAUUCUAUAAAUAAAGAAAUAUAUUGGA